UGCUAUCGAACCUUUACGUUGGGCAAGUUACUUUUGUAAACACGACAGCUGAUUUUUAUUUUCGGCACUGCAGUUUAAGUUAUUUAAUUAAAUUAAGUGAUAAUGCUGUCGUCUGGCACUCCGCUGAGGGUAGCGGCAACGCGUCUGGCAGCUCAGCUCAGCCGCAGCUAUGCCGCCGUAGCUGAAACGCAACAGGCGACGCCGCCUGCGCCCCCCUCGCCACCUAAACGUAACGUUAACAAAAUGGGAGGAUGGCAAUUUCAUAGCUAUGGCGAUAUUGAUGAACUGCAGUAUUCCGAUAAACUAAAGAUGCCCCAGAUACGCAGCUCCGACGAGUGCUUGGUGCGUGUUCGCAGCACAGCAGUCAAUCCCAUUGAUUUGGCCAUGUUGCGAGGUUACGGCGCCACUUUGUUAAACACAGUGCGUUGCAAACCCGGCGAUGCCAUCGAGUUUCCUUUGACACUGGGGCGCGAAUUUUGCGGUGAACUGGUUCAGAAGGGAAUGGGCGUGGCAGGCAAUGAACAACUGCAGCUGGGCAGCCGAGUGUGGGGCGUUGUGCCCAUCUCCAACACAGCCGGAGCUCAUGCUCAAUACGUCGUGGUGCCUCAAUCCUGUCUUGCUCCUGCUCCCAAGGAACUCGAUGAUAAUGAGGCUGCCAGCGUGCUUUAUGCCGGCUUAACCGCUUGGUCAGGUCUCUACAUAAGUGGCUUCCUUGGAGGGCCUUGUGGCGCCACGACUGCAGCUGGUGGAGGGGCAAACAAACGCGUGCUCGUCUUGGGCGGAUCAGGAGGCGUUGGUUCGUUGGCUGUUCAAAUGCUGCACGCUCAAGGCGUUCAGGUGCUGGCCACAUGCAGUGAGAAUGCCGUCGAAAUGGUUCGUUGCCUGGGAGCUGAUAUUGUGGUGGAUUACUCAAAUCCCGCCCAGAUGGAACAGCUUUCGACCUAUGCCCCAUAUGAUAUUGUGCUGGAUUGUGCGGGACAAGGUGGCCAGCAGGCGGCGGAACUUAAAUUCGACUUCAGACAGUAUAUCACCUUCUCGUCACCCAUGUUGGCCAACAUUGAUAAGCAGGGCAUCUGCUUGGGAGCCUUGCAAAACAUCUCCGAUCUGCUGCAGACAAAUGUGCGGACGGCAACGCAGCGAGGAGGAUUGGUCAAGUGGGGUUAUUUCUACCCAGCGGCACAUGGCAUUGAGUUCUUGCAACGCCUCGUUGAGCGGCGUAAGUUAAUGCCACAAAUCGACAGCAGCUUUAAUUUUGCGGAGCUGCCUAAGGCAUUCGAACGCAUGAAGCAGGGUCACUUGCGUGGGAAGGUCGUGGUGCAGCUGAAAGACUGAAUUACUUGUUGUUAAUUAAUAAAAAUUUAAUUGUUUAAAAGAAAAA